ACUUUUGCUAUGCAAAGGCAACGUGCAUUUUGUUUUCGCCUCCACUGACCAGGGUCACGCAAAGUCGUGUCCGCGAAUAUUCUUUCCUCCAUAACCAAAUUGUCUCUGUACCGGCCGGAGUCGAGUAACUGGGUUCGAUCUGUUCUUUAUCACGUUGGGAAUAAAUAGCUUGAUUGUAUUGCAAGGGCACCGUGAACAUAAUGAGCGCGAGUACUUUGUCACUGCUUCUUCGUGACGAGGAAAUGAUUUUCCCAGCCAUCGUUUCCUUAAUGCACGCACUUCAAAUGGCUGUGAUGGCAAAGGCUGUCGGGGGCUUGCGUGGUAAGUUUAAGAUCUCACCACCUGCUACCAGCGGAGACCCAGGCUUUGAGAGGGGACUCAGGGCACAGCAGAACACUUUAGAGUUUUCGCCCAUUUUUCUGAUCCUUCUGUGGGUUUCGGCCAAGUAUUUGAACCCGGUCCUCGCAAGUUUGACUGCACUUCUGUACCUCAAGGCUCGCUCUGAUUACUUCUCUGGGUACUGUGCCAGUGCAGAAAAGAGACUCAGACCAUUCAAACGCAGUGUGCUGAUCAUACAGGUUCUGUUGUUGUACAGUGCUAUUGGCCUGAUCCACACUGCCCUGACGGCGUACUUCAACAUCAACAUUCCCCAGAAAGUGGGUUUGGACAAGUAUAUUCCACUUGGUAAACUGUAACUCUCUGAAAUAAGAUCAAAACGACCGCCAGCUGUUAAGGUUCACAUGAUAAGUUUGCAGCUCAUGGUGUUUUACUCAUUUUCACAAGCAACGGUUCUCAAAACUACAAUUCGAGGGAAAAAUGAGAUUUUCAGCUUAGUGGAUACAGUGCCCAUGCUGUGCCAUUUUGUGAAAAUAGCUCGAAGAAAAUGUGUGUGCACUUCUUUGAAACCAGCAUGGUUUCAUUGACAGCAAGCUGAAGGAGUCCUUGUUUCAGCGCCCAAUUAAAAUAGCUGCCCAAGCUGCAACAAAUUGCCCACGUACAUGUAGAGCAAAAGAUUUAAUUGGGCAUUGAACCCAAGGUCAACCUUCAUCAGGUGCCAAAACUAUUAACCCCAAAAAUGUAUUCAGUAAUGUGUUUAUGGUGAUGCGACAUAAAAUAGGCCUGUAACACAAUUCCAGAGCCAGAUUUGUCUGUAAGAAAAUCAAACAUUCCGAAUGUAACUGUGAGGCAAACUGAAUGCCAGUCUGAAUCAUUCUGCUGAGGUUGGUUAGAAGGGUCAAAAAUUAGUAAAAAAAAUUUUUCAGCUGUGUAAAGAAUUUGCUGGUAAUGCAUGCUACGAGCUUCUAGUUCAAGUCAUUUAUUGUAAUAAUUUUAAAAGAUAAGAUGCUGCUUUCAAUAAAUCAGUUUAUAGACGUAUGCUGUUGAUUUAUAGCAUCACUUAACAUGCUUAAUGUGCAGACAGAAUACUUCAUUUCUUGAGACCUUUCUUGAAGGAUGCCAGAAGCAGAAUUGGUUGAGUUUUAUUUUUCACAAAUGUUAGAAAAAUUUAAAGGAAUCUUGCGAACUGAAAUCAACUUUUCAUAUAAUUUAAUUCACUUCUUUUUUGUUAAUUAUCUGUUACAUGUGGAAUAAGAGUAUUAAUGCCCUGUGGUUUGAUAAUUGAAGAUGAAUGAAAUAAAAGCAGUUUCUGAUGACAGUGUUGGCUUGUUAAUUGUUUCAA